CACAGUUCGUACUGGAGGCGGAAGUGAAGUUUCCGGCUAUUUACCACCGUCGGAGUGGACUGCUGACACCGUCAAACCCUGAGGAAAAAACCCUCUUACUUUGCCAAAGUGUAAAAUCUGUUCUCUGUCUCUGAGUAGCCUCGCAUCUGGAGUUUUCACGGGACCAGUCCGAACCCAGUGUUCGGUUCGGAGAGAGGCAGGGUAGAGACGCGAGGGUGACUGGUGGUGACUGUGCUGUGUGACCCACCAACUCUAUCGCCAUGGCCCGUGACUACGAUCACCUGUUUAAGCUUCUGAUCAUCGGGGACAGCGGAGUGGGCAAGAGUAGUCUCCUCUUACGAUUCGCUGACAACACAUUCUCAGGUAGUUACAUCACGACGAUCGGUGUGGACUUCAAGAUCCGGACGGUGGAGAUGGAGGGAGAGAAGGUCAAACUGCAGAUCUGGGACACGGCAGGACAGGAGAGAUUUAGGACCAUCACCUCCACGUAUUAUCGGGGUACACAUGGCGUCAUCGUGGUGUACGAUGUCACGUGUGCAGAGUCGUUUGUCAACGUCAAGCGCUGGCUGCACGAAAUCAACCAGAACUGUGACGACGUGUGUCGAAUAUUAGUGGGUAACAAGAAUGACGACCCCAAGUCUAAGGUGGUGGAGACCAACGAUGCUGAGAAGUUUGCAGAACAGAUGGCCAUCCAGCUCUUCGAGACCAGCGCCAAAGACAACAUCAAUGUAGAGGAGAUGUUUAACUGCAUCACAGGGCUGGUGCUGCGUUCCAAGAAGGAGUCAGUUGCUAAGCAACAGCAGCAGCAGAAGGACGUGGUCAAGCUGACCAGGAACAACAAGCGCAAGAAGAAGUGCUGUUGAUGCUGCACACACACACACACACACACACGCGCACACACACACACACAC